CAAACACAUGGAAGUGAAGAGCUUAAGCCUAAAUGUUGAAGAUACAUCAUGGCUAAUGUUAAAAAAUUUUCCUCAAAGAAAAACUUGUUAAGAAAGAAGUCUUGGAUGAAACCCAAAAACAAGGGUAGUUUCUCUAAAAAAGAUACAUACGGUGAUGAAGUUUUGGAGGUAGCUAGUGAUGGAGAAGAUGAUGAUGAGACAACAAGAGAAGCAAGUAUAUUCUUAUGCUGUUGGGGCUUUUAUCAAAAAAUUAGGCUUGCAGUCAAAACCAAGCAAAAUAACUUCAGAGUUUUCAAAAAUACCACAGAAGGAAAUCAACAUACCCGACGAGUAAGAUCGGAUUUUGAAUGGGUUCGAACAGUCCUGAAUUCUGGAACAUUGGCAGAUAAAGUUGCUGCCUACACACUUUUGAUACAGGAUUCACCAGUUCAUAAUCUCUCUAAUCUUGACUCUUUGAUUGCCAUGGUAAAUACCAAAGGGAAACGCGAGUGUAUGAUGGCAAUUGAUUCUCUACGUGAUCUGUUUUUGUCAGACUUGUUGCUGGAAGACAGAAAACUUUGUAAAUUUGAACAGCAUCCACUCACUAUGUUAGAGGAGCUGUCAAGUGGUAAUCGAGAAGCUAGAGAUCGUCGUCUGUUAUUGUGGUACUUUGAAGAUCAACUUAAAGAACGGUACAAUACAUUUGUACGGGCAUUAGAAAAAAUAUCACAUGAUACAGUAGAAAAGACAAAGCAGAAAGCUAUAACAACUAUGAGUGAACUGUUAACUCAAAAUCCAGAACAAGAACAGUUUCUACUUAGCUGUUUGGUAAAUAAAAUUGGAGAUCCAGUGCAUCGAGUUGCAGCCAGAAUUCCUCACCUACUAGGUAAUCUUUUAAGUAUUCAUCCCAACAUGAAGAAAGUAGUAGCCGAGGAAGUUGAACGACUUCUGUAUCGUCCAAACAUUUCUUCACGUGCUCAGUACUAUGCACUCUGCUUUUUGAACCAGAUGGUUCUGUGUCCCGAAGACAACUUACUUGCCGACCACCUACAGAGUAUAUAUUUUGGAUUUUUCAAAGCCUGUGUCAAGAAAGGAGAAGUAGAUACCAAGAUGAUGAGUGCUCUUUUGUCUGGAGUCAGUAGAAGUUAUCCAUAUACUACAAAAGACAAGAGCACUAACAAGUUGACAGAACAGCUUGACACUAUAUAUCGUGUGGUACAUUUUGUCAGUUUCAACAUAAGUGUACAAGCUUUGAUGCUAAUUUUUCAGGUUUUGGAUUCCCGUGAAGAAAUUACAGAUAGGUUUUACACAGCCCUAUAUCGUAAGCUUCUAGAUCCUCAAUUACAUCAUUCAUCUCACCAAGCGAUGUUCUUGAAUCUAUUGUACAGAGCACUGAAGAAAGAUCCACAUGACCAGCGAGCAAAAGCAUUCAUGAAACGUCUUUUGCAGGUUUGUCAGUACCAUUCACCAACUCUAGUUUGUGGUAUGUUAAUUCUUAUAUCAGAGUUGCUUCGUCACCGUCCAGAACUACUCUCUUCAAAAGGGCAACCAAAACAUUUAUCGGAUGAUGAAGAAGAAGAACACUAUGAAGAUGUACCAGAAGAAGAACCAGCUGAAACAUUUAACUCUUUUGUUAAAGAUACAGAAGAAAAUUCAAACAAAAAGGAAGUUCCUCCUAAGACUCCUUCCUCAUGGAUUCACAGAUCACUGCUACCGUCUGAGCAAGUUGCUAAGAAUGUUUAUGAUUCCAGCCAUAGGAACCCAUUAUUUGCUGGUGCAGAGUAUUGUUCAUUUUGGGAACUUCUAAGAUUAUCUCAACAUUUUCAUCCUUCGGUUGCACUGUUUGCUAGGCAGAUCCUCAACAAUUCAUCCAUUGACUAUAGUGGAGAUCCUCUUCAAGAUUUCACACUUAUUCGUUUCUUAGAUAGAUUUGUGUAUCGAAACCCAAAGAAAGGGACAGAAAAGACUGAAAAAGAUGAACAACAAAGAGUUUUUGGAAGACGGACCUGUUAUGUUCCAAAAAGUGCAAAGAAACUACCAGUAAAUACUGCAGGAUAUCUUCAACAGAAACAGAAAAAUAUUCCAGUUGAAGAAAGGUUCUUUUAUGAGUAUUUCUGUAAGCACCGUGUUAAAAAAUCAAAAGCGCACGAUGACUCUGAUGUGGAAAGUGUUGCAAGUGAUGAGUUUGAGAAAUAUGUAUUAGAAAAAUUUGAGCCUGGUGGCAAAACAAGUAAAAUAGACUUUGCUCAAGAAGUGAACAGACAGAAACAAAAAAGUAAUACGAAAAAAAAGAAAAAUUCAGAUGAAGAUAUGAAAAAUGAUGAUGAUCUAGAUAGUUUGGAAAAUGAAGAUUUCGAUUUUAAUGAUGAUGUAGACUUCCAAAAUGCAUUUAAAGAAUUUGACGAUGACCUUGAAGAUAAUAAAGGUGAAUAUGAUGAAGAUAUGUUUGAUGAAGAAAAUGCUGCCUUUUCUGAAGAUGAUCCAGAUCUCAUGGAAUUUUCUAGUUCACUUAAGAAACCUGCUAACAGGAAAAGAAAACACAUUGACACAAACAUGAGGACAGCUAAAAGAAAAAAUAAAUCAAAGAGCUUUAACACAUCUGAGCUUUUUGCUGAUGCAGAAGAGUUCUCCAAUAUUCUGGAUGAAAAUGUAGGGUCUAAUGUUGAUUCUACUACAGCUGAAGCUAUGGCCAACAAGGACAAUGCUCAUGCCAAACAAUUACUGUGGGAGUCCAAACGUGACAAGUGGAUCAAGGGAAAAGACUGGAAAAGCAAAAGAAGAAUGAAACCUAAACAAGGAGACUCUUUUAGAAGAGGAAAUUUCUCCAAAAAACAGAGAUAUUCAUCAAAAAAUAGCAACAGAAGACAUUAUUAAUUAACACAUUCACAAUGUGAGAAAGAAACAUUUAUCCUGUGAAAUAAUCUUCAGUUUUAAUUGUAAAUUUUUGGUCUUUAUGAUUUUGAAUAAUCACUUGAAUACUUCUAAACAGGCAGUGUUCCAGAAAUAGGUGUGUAAGUCGUAUAUAUAAGCCCUCUAUUUUUUUCACAUUCAUAUUUUAUACAGGUAUGUUUAAUGUAAUCGUAUAAUGAUAUACAUAUGCUGAAUAUUAUUUAAAUGUUCAAUAUUUAAUUUUUUGUUUUUAUCCUAAAAGUCAUAACGAAUACAACUAAUGUUACCGAAUGCUUCAAAAAUUUAAUUUUUAUAUAUUUCAACAGUCAAAAUAUUUGAAACAUAAUAAAAUAUAUUAUUUCAGAAAUAAUCAAGAAAGUGAAGACAUAUAUUCAUUCAUAGUAUUUUCUAUUUUUUUCCUUUGUGUAAGACAAAUCUCAAGGUUCUGCAGGAUUGAGGCUAUCUCAAAAUUGAAAGUUAUGUAUAUGUGUGGAUAUUUUCUAGUGAAUUUUGAGAAGAGUUUAUCUACAAGAAAGUGCUAGAGUUCAACUUUUGUUUUUAGCUGUUCUAAGUUAAUUAAAUUAAAGGAAGAACUUAGAACAUGGAACUUAAAGUUUUGUUUACGGAUAAACCUUUUAAGUUUUCAAAAAAUACUAUGUUUUGCUAAGGAAGAAUUAAGAUAAAUAUAAUUUUACACCUGAAUACUGGUUAAAAUUAUUACAUUUAAACAAAUCUGAUAAAACUUUCAAGUGAUUUGUUAAAUUUCUUACAACCUUCAGAUCAUCAUACACCAGAGAUAUAUGGCCUACCAAGAAUCCAUAAACCAAAUACUCCUUGACGUCCUAUAGUUUCUGCUUUUAAAUUUACAACUGUAAUCUUGGAAAAUUCCUGGCUUGGAAAGUUGCUCCCUUUAUUGCUAAAAGUUUCUUAUUUUGUCACAAAACAAAGAUUCCAACUCAGGUUCCUUUAUAGUCAGCUUUGAUGUGAAAAAUUAUUCACAAAAGUGCCUGUUGAAGAAGCAAGUUUUUGUUAGAAGUUUUCUAGCUGUCUUUUAAUUGGGAACCUGAAAUACAAAUGCAAGGAAAAAAUAAAAAAUAUAUUUUCAAAGACAGAAACUAGACCUAAAAAGAGAAAGAGGCUAAUAACUGUUUCUGCUGAUAAUUGUGACUAUCAUAAUUCUUAGUCAUAUACAAGUGUUUAAGCUAUAUUCACAGUGUCAUAUAUACAUAUAUAUGCACACACACACACAUAUGGUUAGCAGUUUCACAUGUAAGAAAAACGAGGCUAAAGCUAUGGAGACUGUUGGCAGAUACACACACCCAAACUUUUAGGAUUCCUAAGAACAUCAUUUAAACUUUAUUCAAGACUAUACUGUGAAAUUAUAGAAAAGUUUUAACAUUAAUUUUAUGAAUGGUGUUCAUUCAAAGAGAAGGAUGUUUAAAAAGUUUUACAGUGUAUUUACUAUUUGUAUUGCUACAGUUAUUUAAUAAGCAUUGUGCUUUCUAAUUUGGUAAUUGAAUAAGCUAGUAAAUAAGGUUUUGUGUAUAUCUUAUCAUGGUAUGGCAUGAAAUUAAAAAACAAAAGUUGUGUCAUAAUAGAACUGAAAGCCUGGUCUUUCAAGAAUCAUGCAUUUUGGGUUGAAAAAGAUUUAUAAUAUUUCAAAACUUGUAUAUCUAGCAGUUACUUGGUGAAAUUAACAGCAGAAUAGGUAUCACUAAGCACACAAGUGCUUAGUUUGUAGGGAUGGGCCAAGAAGAAUAUGGCCACCACAUUCAGUCUAUUAUUCUAUGAUGCUUACAAGUAAUUGAUAAAGUUGAGUUAUCAUUGAAAAGUUUUGCUAAAGUGGAGAACUGGGAACUAGCUAAAGAGCCAAAGUGUUCAUCUUUCUUUUUCCUCCUCCCAUGCUAGCCAAAAAAAUAACUGAAGUUUUCACAAUAGUUUUAGUAUGAAAGAAAAGCAUUUUUAGAGCACUUGGGAACAGGCAAUCACUAACAAUGGUAAUGUUACAUGGUAGUGCUUAUUAUGUAGGUAUGGGCUGAGAAAAUAAUGGCUAAUGCAUUCAAUGAUGCUUAAAGUAAAAACUAAAGUUGAGUUUAUAGCCUUAAUUGUCAUUAUCAUGUGUUUCACAGGUUGUAUAACAUUAAUAUUAUUCUAUUCUUCUACCACAUGUAUUUUUGUGGGGAAAUAAUAAAAAGGAAAACUAU